AGCAGGGCUCAAAUUUCUCUGGACUUGUCACAAUCAGGUGCCAUGGCAGAGGAGGAAGAAGGCCCAAAGCCCAACAAGGCCAACGCCGAUGACGAAUUCCUGCGCCAUCCUGGCACUGGCGCCUUUUUCCGGAAUCCACUGCGAGAGAAGGCUGACAAGCCGAUCCUGAUGUCCUUGGGUGAGUAUGACUUCAACUGCCUGGACGAUGCCUUGCAAACUUGGCAUUGUGUGAGUAUGCCUGAAUCGGUCUUCCGCAAAACGGUGAUGGGCAAAGCCGCGAUCGAGCCAACGCCCCUGGAUACCAAGCAGAAAGCAGCGCUCCGCCGUCUGGAGCGUGUGACGGGAACCUAUGAAUUUGUGGUCACUGUGCGGAAGGCUCAAUUCGUGGCACCUCGCGGCCAUCGGCGACAUGCAGGUACAGUAAACCCACAGGCAGUCCACUUGGAGAAACUAUAUCUGGAUGUAGUUCCAGAACUGGACGGUUCGAGGUUGCGAGUGGAGUACAUUGGUGAUGGUUUGGUGGCAGCCUGGAAUCGGGCAAAUCCAUAUUUUGCUGUCCGCCUUGGGGACUGCAUCGUGAAAGUGGACGGCAAGACCAAUAAUCUGUUUGAUGCGAUAUCAUCGGCUGAGGACAUGCUCAAGCUGACUCUGCAGCGGGUGACAAAUCGAACGGCUUCAAAGGCAAGUGUCUACUCUGAGGAAGUGAUGCCAGGAGAAGUGCCGGGUGCUUGAGACAUCUUGAGACCAGAGUCGAGCCUCGCGCUUGCCUCGCAUGCGCUUGCCAUGUCGGCACGUCGGCCAUGGGGGCCUCUUUUGGUUUGCUUGGUAACCGCGCUAAACGCGCUGCUUGCCAUGGUUGGUGGCUUCAAAAGCAUCACUGACCGGGAAGCAAACCUCACUGGAACGAGAUUUUGCAAAAGCUUUC